UUGGCCGAGAGCGACAAAGCUUGACUCCGCGGUACAUAAUAUACUAUUGUGUUACUUGUUAUUUUUCUCAACGUAAGCAGCUCCUAGAAUUUUCGUGAAUGCCCAUCGGAAAGUACGAGGUCUGACUGGAGGAUCGUAGUUUAAGAUGGAAUGUACGUGUACCGUGGAGUAAUUAUUAAAGAUACUCAUGUAAAACCCGUUGUCAAUAUUCCUGCACCCAGCCGCAUUUAUAUACGUAAGCCAGGAAAUGAACUUCAAACUGGGAUUAUCUUAACAUCUGCACCUGCAAAUGGCAGCGAAUUCGUUUCUUUUGCAUCCCAAAACGGCCAUCUUUUAGCUGCAGAACUCGAGACUAUCCGCGAUGAACAUGAUUUUGAAGUUAAAACAUACGAUCUUUACAUACAAAGAAAAGAUGACCUUGGUUUAAAAGCACGACUCGAACCUCCCCAGCCAGAUCUUCUCAAGAAUCCAAUGCUGACGCACUUUCAUUUUAUAUCACCAAAACAUGACUAUGAUCUCGUCGGAGCGCUCCAGCAAACAACCAGUCGUCCUUCUUGGGCUACUUUUGGGGUUGCCCGCAACGUCCGCCACUAGGGACUGGCACUUUUUCUAUCGGUGAUAUAACAAAGUGACAAAGUAUUACCAGCUAAAUAUUUUCUUUAUCGAAUCAGUUUAAUUCAUCGUAACCUCAGUAUAGAAGUGACUAGUAUUUUGAAAUGAAAUAUUAAAUUUGUUUGGCAUACUUUCCUUAUACAGUCGAAGCUUGGACGCUGUAGCUUAGGACACUGUCGUAAGCUGUUUCGUGGACACUGUAAGAAUCAGGUGAUGAGCCCAGGGACGAAGCAUUCGAUAACAUUAAUAUAAUAAUGCUGCUGUAACUUGACGCCGAUUGGCUGAUGGGUUAGACCACGUACGCCUUCAGUCUCUCAAUACGCCGAAUCCCGAUCGGUGACGGCGUCCGAGGUUCGACUGUAAUAUGUCGAAAUAAUGGUAGAAUAAUGGAACUUCUAUCAGUAAUGUACGAUUA